AGAUUCACCAACAGUAUGGAAACCAGAAACCAAACUGGUGUGUCAGAAUUCCUUCUUCUGGGACUUACAGAGGAUCCAGAUCUGCAGCCCCUCUUAUUUAGCCUGUUUCUGUCCAUGUACGUGGUCAUCAUCCUGGGAAACCUACUCAUCAUCUUGGCUGUCAGCUCUGACUCCCACCUCCAUACUCCCAUGUACUUCUUUCUUUCCAAUCUCUCCUUCAAUAUCUCUUUCAGCACAACCACGAUCCCAAAGAUGCUGAUAAACAUCCAAGCACAGAAUCAGAGCAUCACUUACACAGGCUGUCUCUCCCAGGCCUGCUUUGUAAUGGUUUUUGCUGGUUUGGAAAAUUGUCUCCUUGCAGUAAUGGCCUAUGACCGUUACGUGGCCAUCUUCCAUCCACUGAGGUACACCAUCAUCAUGAACCCCAGGCUCUGUGGCUUGCUCUCCCUACUCUUCUUGCUAACUAGCAUUGUGGAUGCCGUACUUCACAGUUUGAUGGUGCUGCAUCUGUCCCGCUCAGAUCUGGAAAUUCCUCAUUUCUUCUGUGAACUUGCUCAGAUUCUCAAGCUCAUCUGUUCUGAUACCCUCAUCAAUUACAUCCUAGUGUAUUUUGUGGCUAUUGUUUGUGGUGGUUUUCCUCUCUCUGGAAUAAUUUUCUCUUACACUCGGAUUUUCUCCUCUGUUUUGAGAAUGCCAUCAGUGAGUGCAAAGUAUAAAGCUUUUUCCACCUGUGUGUCUCACCUCUCAGUUGUUUCCUUAUUCUAUGGGACAAUCUUUGGUGUGUAUGUCUGUUCUGCAUUUAUACAUUCUCCCAGGAAGACAGCAAUAGCUUCAGUGAUGUACAGUGUGGUCCCUCAAAUGAUGAAACCUUUUAUCUACAGCCUGAGGAACAGGGACAUGAAGAGUGCCUUGAGAACAUUCAUCGGUAGGAUACCAUCGUUUUAG